GGGUGAACUUAUACUCCCUCAGUCACUUGUGUCUGGUGAAGUGUGUGUGUGUGUGUGUGUGUGUCCUAUUCUCUAAAUAACCUGUUGAGCCAGUCAUGGUAACGCUCGGAUCUUCUUCUGCUCUCUGCUUCUUCCUUUUUUACGCCAAAUUGCAGCUGAUCUGGAGAUCCAGCUAACUUACAGUCGAACCACCCAAAGAGUGAGGACAUGUGUCUGCAGUCUUAAAUGUGUGUAGCUGAAGAGACACUAUGCCGGUGAAACACACCUGGGCCUGUUUGCUCCUGUGCUUCUGCUUUUCUACACAGGACAAAAUUCAAGAUGUCCAUGUGACGUGCAUCAUCUCAGAGGAGUGUGUGCUGCCAUGCAGCUUUGCGCCUGGCAGCCAGGAGGUCGUGGAAUGGUUCAAACAGGAUGUGGUAGUGUACAGCUUCCAGCGGGACGAUGGCGACAGCAGUGAAGAACACAAGCAGAUCAAUGGCCGCUUUUACAUUUUCCCACACCUGGUAUCCCAGGGCAACGCGAUGCUGGUCUUCAGGGAGAGUUCUCCCAAAGACAGGGGGAAGUACAGGUGUCAUGUGCACACUUCGGAGGGCGUGUACGAGGGAAACGUCUUUGUGAAGGUGGAAGCACGCAUCCAGGGCCUGACACUGGAGCUGUCCAGGCUGAGCGGCUAUGAGGAGAUGAAGUGCAGCAUCGAUAAUGUCUACCCUGCUCCUCAAGUAACCUGGGCAACAGAACCGCCCACCUUCGAGGUCCUGAGACCAUUAACACGCAAGAUGGCUGACAAGCGGGGCCUGUACUCUGUGCACAGCCGACUCAGGAGGAUAACCGGUCAACCAGACCUCAUCUACAUCUGUAAAGUCACGUCGCCCUACGGCGGGCCGGCCUGGGCCGCUUCAAUGAGGGAACGAGAGAUCAGAGGAACUGAAGGGAGGGACCUCACCAUCCCUUGCCACGCCCCUUCUUACCUGUACAACCCCUCCCUUCGCUGGAGCUUUUCCAAUGGCAAAGACCAUGCCAACAUACUUACUUUUGAAGGGCAAAUGAAGCAUAGCAACUCCCUGCCGACAUGGGAAGGACACGUGGAGGUGGAUGGCUUUAAGGUCCUGUUUGGGGACGGUUCCCUGCGACUGAUGGACCCUGAUCACUUGGACCACACCGGCAGCUACACCUGCGUUUUAUCCAUGCCAUACAACACACACACCGAACGCAGUGACAUCAUCAUCGAUGUUCAGCAGAGUCAUUCAGAGAAGGCGUCUCAUUGGUGGAUUAUCGUGGUGGUAGUCGCAGUGCUGCUUCUUGCACUUGUGGGGAUGCUGGUGUACCUGAAGAUGAAAGGACACAAGUCAAAGCCCAGGAACGAUCCAGAGGAGGCAACAGAGCUGCACUCAGUAAAGGAGCCAAAUCACAAUUUGGACCUCAGUUGGUUUGUCAGGCAGGCAAACAGCUCAGCUGGUUGUCAGCAUGGCUGUGCGUCAGGCAUUUGAGUCAUUGCUCUGACUGCCAGGGCGAUAAAUUACAAGAGGAA